GUAAAAGCAGGGAAAAUAUCAUCAUCUUAUCUGACCUCGGUAGCCCAACGUCCCAACCCCAAAAGCCCAAAACCGCAGAACCAAACUCCGGCUCCCCCCGCCGCCGCGGCGACACGCCGGGAUGCCGAAACCGGCGGCCUCCACCGCCGCCCUCCUCCCGAAGCUAUGGCACCGCCCCUUCCCUCACCCUCCCUUCCUCCCUCGCGCCCUCUCUUCCUUCUCUCCGCUCCUCGCCACCCACCCCGCCCCACGCCGCCGCUCCCUCCUCUCCCCCUCCUCUCCCCUCUCCGCCGCUGCCGCUGUCGAAGUCCCAACAGCCACAGCGUAUCCAGUGUAUGGUAGGCUUCUGCCGUGCCCGCUGCAAGACGACCCUCCAAGAAUCGAGCACCUCGUCGCCCGAGAAGACGAGGUGGCCGCCGAUUUCAUCUCCAGGUCUCUCGACCUUCCUCCUCUGUAUGUUGCGGAUCUUAUCAAGUUUGGGGCUGUAUAUUACGCUCUUGUCGCGCCACAGCCGCCUCCCUACGCAGCUCCGGAGCAUGUUAGAAUCUUUAGGGAGGUGACUGAGCCUUCAGUCCUGCGCCGGAGGGCGUCCAUUAAGGGGAAGACGGUGAGGGAGGCACAGAAGACGUUUAGGGUAACCGACCCCAACCAGCACCUUGAGGCCGGCACAUAUCUGCGGGUUCAUGUGCAUCCCAAACGGUUUCCAAGGUGCUAUGAAAUUGACUGGAAAUCCAGGGUAAUAGCUGUCUCUGAUGACUAUGUUGUCCUCGAUAAACCAGCUGCAACAUCAGUGGGAGGAGCAACUGAUAACAUCAAGGAAUCCUGUGCAGUGUUUACUUCACAUGCAUUAGGCUUGGAAACAUCAUUAAUGACGACUCAUCAAAUUGACAACUGUUCUGAAGGCUGUGUGGUAUUGUCUAAAACGAAAGAGUUCUGCUCAGUUUUCCAUGGACUGAUAAGGGAAAAAAAGGUUAAGAAACUUUAUCUCGCACUUACUACAGCACCUGUGUCUGCAGGAAUAAUUACACAUUAUAUGCGUCCUGUUAAUCGCGCUCCUAGAAUAGUUUCCGAAGACCAUAUUGGAGGAUGGUAUCUCUGUCAAAUGGAGAUACUUGAUUGUAUGAAGGUACCAUGGCCAAGCUCUUUGAUCAGGAAAGUUUACAAUGUGAACGACUGUGGGUGGCCCCAACAAGAAGCUGCCUAUGAAUGUAAAAUCAAUCUCUUGACAGGAAAAACUCAUCAGAUAAGGGCACAGCUUGCUGCUAUUGGCACUCCAAUUGUAGGGGAUUCUGCAUACAUGACUGCAGCAAUGGCAGUGAUGGCUAAUCCAAGCAUAAACCCAUUCGGUAGGGAGAGGCUAAGUUACAAUAGCGAAGAGGAGAAAGAAGCUGCGGUUGAAGCAUGGAUUGCUUCCCAUGGCAAGGAACCGAAAUCGGUAAUUGGCCUGCAAGCAUCAGAGAUCUCAUGGGAUUAUGAAGGUGAGCGCCACUCUUAUAUGGCGGGGGUUCCGUGGUGGCGGCAAGAUUCAGUGGAGUCUGACUUGGUUUGAGCAAUGGUAUAUGGGAAUUUCAACCCUGAAAUACCAUCGUCCGAAGUCUGAAGUGACUUGCUUUGCACGCACCUUCUGGUGGACAGUGCCCUCCAAACAGAAACAAUUGUCCAACUAGGCGAUUUCACUGAAACAAUUUCCACCGGCAAUCAGAACCUAACAUACAGAAACUCUUCAGAUAGAAUGUUUUACAUCUCAGUCUAAGAUGAGACUGGCUGAUGCCGGAGUUAUUGCUGUUGAUCUAAGGUGCCACAAGCCUGCAGCUGCUACCGUUCCCUUGUUUUGAGCACAACUUUAAGAGAGUCUGUCUCGGUGCUGUAGAUUUCUGAAACUGUUGUUGCUCUCAUGCUCUGUACUUUUUCUUUUUCUUGAGAGAUCAUGUCCUGUUCCUGUACUGACCCUGUAUUGGUAGUAGGAGUAUGUUGCAGCGGGGUUGAAAGAAUUUUGGCCGGCUGGUUAGCAUGCAGAACUUCUUGGGCUGAUCCACGAGUGAGGCCCAAACUGGACAUGGGCCCGAGCUGAACAGCGGCAGUUCUCCUGGCCUCCUGACUUGCUAUUUUCCGCUGGUUUCCAAUGUUUCCUGUCGCCACUUGUGAGUUCACUGAGUUGUGUUAGGCCAACACGUAUGUUAUGUAGGAUGUAAGUUUUGUACUCUUCCAUUAUUAGUAGGUGUAUUUUUUAGAAAA